ACCAUCUCCCCCGCCGGGGCCGCUUGUUGCACCGCCCCGCCGCCUGCGAGAGCCGCUCGCCCCGGCCCCGGCCCCGGCCUUGUGCUCGCUUCCGCACCCCCUCGCUCUCGUCGCCGGGGCCCGCACCCCAGCCCGGACGGCGAGACCCGGGCCAGACCCCGCUGCCCGCACAAAAUGUCGGCCCGGACGCCAUUGCCGACGGUGAACGAGCGGGACACGGAAAAUCAUACCUCUGUGGAUGGAUAUACUGAACCACACAUCCAGCCUACCAAGUCAAGUAGCAGACAGAACAUCCCUCGGUGUAGAAACUCCAUUACAUCAGCAACAGAUGAACAGCCUCACAUUGGAAAUUACCGUUUACAAAAAACAAUAGGGAAGGGAAAUUUCGCCAAAGUAAAGUUGGCAAGACAUGUUCUAACUGGUAGAGAGGUUGCUGUGAAAAUAAUAGACAAAACGCAGCUAAAUCCUACCAGUCUACAAAAGGUAUUUAAUUAAUUUAAUAAUAAGUAAUUAAAUGUGAGUUUAUUAUUAAUAUAUGAUGUUUUAUAAAGUCAGUCAUCCUAAAUUUUCUGUUAG